AUGGCUAAAAUGGCGGUAUUUUCGUGCAGGUGUUUGCUGAAAGGAAAUGCAGUUUGUUUCAUCACACAAUCGUGAUGUCUUUAUCAGAAAUCUUUGAAAAUUUUGAUGUAACUUGAAGACUUACUGUGAUGCAACAGAUUCCUGCCAAGGAGUUAAUGAAACAUGUUUUGACUGUUGUAGUCAUGUGAAUGAGCGCUGAGAAACUGUUGAACUAUUUGGAAAGAUCUGCAAGCACCUUCCUCUCAUCUGCUCUGAAUUAGGACAUGAAUUGCCGCAAUACAAUUUUAGCAGUGCAGCUCCUAUGUCCAGCCAUUAUUCACAUCCUUCUCUCGCCCACUCGAUCACUGUCACUGUGGGACCAAGUGGUGUGACUAUAUCAUCCGCUCUAGCAAACUCGCAUCAUGCCUCUGGUUCCCAUCUUGGCAGUAUGAAUGCUUCCAUGGCAGCUGCCAUGAAUGGCUCUAUGGGGGCUGCCUCUUCUGUGGUAGCUAGUAUGAGUGGUUCUGAAGCAGUUUCUGUGAUUUCUUCUCAAGUAGCUACUCUGAGUGCUUCUCAAGGAGAGAGUCUGAGUGCUUCUCAAGUAGCAUCUGUAAUUUCCUCUGAAAUAGCUAGCCUAAGUGCUUCUCAAGGAGCAAGUCUGACUGCCUCUCAAGAAGCGAGUCUGUCUGCUUCUCAAGCAGUGACCAGAAUUUCCUCUCAAAUAGCUAGUCAGAGUGCUUCUCAAGGAGUAAGUCUGACCACCUCUCAAGUUGCAAGUAUAAUUUCCUCUGAAAAUGCAGGCAUAAGUGCAAGUCUGUUUUCUGCAAUUGGUUCCUCCGUUACAGGAGAUACGAGUGCCUCUCAUGCCAUUGGUUCCUCUAUGGCAGCAAGUAUGAGUGCCUCCCAUGCUGCUAGCAUGAGUGCCUCGUACAUGUCAGGGGGUGUUAUGUCAUGGUCUUCUCUAGAGACUUCAGCUUUUGGCACCAUGGUUGCUUCUAUUAAACCAAGUUCCCAAAGCUAUUUUCGCUCAAGUAGUCCUGCUGUAGUUGGUCCCCCAUGGAGGUCAAACUACAACCUCAGUGAGUCCAUGGAAAGUUGGCUCAGUUUCAUUAAGAACAACAGCAUGUGUGACCAUGGCGGAAAAUUCUGCGGAUUAAAUCUGCAAUGUAUUCCUGAGGAUCAGCCAUGCACAGUUUAUCUCUCUAAUGAUGCACUGAAGAACUUGAGUAACACGGCCUGGUGUGUUAAUUGUUCAUCAGAAGAGUAUUUCUGUCCAUUGUUUAUGCAGUGCAUCAAUGUUAGUGAAAGCUGUUCUUAUGAGAAUCUCGAUCAAUGGAUCAAUUCUAAUGCUAGUAUGGGGCUAGCUGAUUUGGCCUGUGGGGAGAAUGGGACAUUUUCUUUUGCAACUAUGGAGUGUGUUCCAGAGAAGCAUCACGGACAUGAUGAAUGUGGACAUGGUGAAGUGUUCUGUCCUUAUAGCGCAUCCUGUAAGAAUAGAGCUGAUUGUGCUCCUUUCCCAGAACGGAAUUACACUGAAGCUCUAAAGAAUGAUUCUUUUGGCUGGGUUCGAAUGUGUCAAUUCAGAAAUCUGGUUUGUCCAAGGGUUGCUAUUGCUUUGGAGGAUUGCAAACUCGACAAGAGAAAAUGCAAUUCGAGCUGUCCUGAUGGGCAGAAGGUCUGCAAUGAUCACCACUGUAUCCCUAUAGAUCAGAAAUGCUGCCCUGUGGGUGAAACAUUUUGUAAUCUAACUAACCUGUGCUUGCCAAAUGGAACUAUGUGUUGUCCUACAGGUCAACAAUAUUGCCAACACACUGAUGGCUGUAAGCAACCAGCAGAUUGUCUACCUCCAAUUGCCAAUGUUACCUUUCCAACAGUGUGGGAGUAUCUUCAGCUUGGUGAUGCUUUGAGCAAGGGAUUUUUUGAACAAGGUGAUGUUGCUGUAGCACUUAGCAGUCUAGAGAAACAUGGCGUAAAUGGAUCCUUGGAGUUCUAUAGCAAUAGCAAAUGGACUGCUGUCAAUGCCCUCACAGCAACUACAGCUCUGGUGUUGGGUAAAACAAGUUACCUGAGAUUUAACCCUACAAGAAAGGGAUCUCAUGGUAUUGUACUGGUUAACUUUACUGCGUACAGUGAUUCUUCCAAAGUUGGUCAAUACAUGGAUGCAUCAUCUAAGAAGUGGACACAUGGAAAGACCAUUGCCAUUUUUGUUUUACCAUCUGUGGUACCCCCAGAAAUGGUGUAUAAUGGCUCCCUUUAUACUGUGGCAGAGGAUAGCAAGGGUGAAGUGGAUUUUGAUAUAUGGGAUCACCUAUAUGACAGCUCUCCAGAGGGCAAUACAAAAAGCCACAUCCCUGAUGCCAUACUUGCAGAUGUUAACUGCAAAAUGGUUGAGCUUUACAAUGAGUUACUGAAGGAUUUAUCAUCUUUGAAGCUUGCACUAAAAAUUAAAACAACAUCAGAAAAUGUAAAGUUUAAAGGAGGAGAAGCCAAAGGUUACCUUUCAAACAUGACUGAGAUCAAAUUUACUCCUAAGAAAGACUUUAAUGGCAAUGUAGAAAUUAGCAUGGAAACCUUUCUGGCUUCUCGAAAGAAGUCCUCUUUGGCCAUUUCCCACUUUUUCUCCCACGAAGUUACAGAAGCUCUGCAUAUGACAGCUGAUUUAAAGGGAGGUUUACAAGAUUUGACAAAGAAGGUGCUUUUCAAGAUCAUGAAAGACAAUUUGAAGCCUACUUCUGAUAACAUCCGCACAGCUAUUCAGAAUUUAAAUGGUAUAACUUUAAAUGCCACAGAUGUGGAAGCCGUUUUUGGUCAUGUCGUCCAGCUCAUCAAUUCAAGCAAGGAACCAGAUGGAGACUCCUUUUCACAUAUUUCGGCUAAUAGGAAGAUCAUCGAAGUUGAUCAAAGUGGAGAAGUUCUUUUUCAUGGUAAUGUGACGGUGAUAACAAUAACUGUCACACCAGUGAAUGACCGACCAGUAUUAAAGUACACAGGAGGAGCCUUUGACCCGCUCCCGUACGAGCUGUUUGCAGGAUGGAAUCCUGGAACAUUUGUCAGAGAUAUAUUUGACCAAUCCAAAACAAAUCCCCUUGCAGAAGACAUUGACGAUAGAGCAAUGGAACUUGGAGCUGUCAUCCUGUCUGUAGGCAAUGGCUCCCUUGGACGCUGGCAGUAUCAAAUGAACAGUUCAAUGGCCUUUCGAGAAUUUACCUUCGACGAAGAUGCAGGGGAGGUUUUUCUUCUACCACCAGCCGCCAGGAUCAAGAUGGAACUUUACGACAACCAAUCUGUUUGGAGCUCUUCACAAGCGUUGAAACGAGGAGCAGUUAUACGGGUCAGAGCGUGGGACAUGACCGAUGGAAAUGUGCCAGGGCUUUUUAAUAUAAGUAUUUUAUCGGAGACAUCUGUUAGCAAGAAAUUUGCCAACCUUCGUCUUCUGCGGCGAGGUUGCGAUAACAAGACAGACUUCCCUUCCAAGAAUGACCGAUGUGGUGUUUGCAGAGGGAACGAUGCUUGCGUUAAAUGUGAUGGUGAACCGAAUUCAGAUGCUUUUUAUAAUGAUUGCGGAUAUUGUGUUUUAGGGAAUACUAAUAAGACUGCAGAUUACAAGAAAGACUGUGCAGGGCAUUGUGACAAAAACGUCCAGAAUAAUGAUACUUGCGGGACGUGCAUGAACAAGAAUAAAAUCAGAAAUCUGAAAGAUUGCACAGGAUUAUGUUUUGGAACAGCAUAUGUCGAUGAUUGCGGCAACUGUACUGGGGGUGAUACAGGACUGAAAAUCAACUUCCGACAAGAUUCCUGUAGCGUCUGUGGAGGAGACAAUACAAGCUGUACUGAUUGUCUCGAUGUACCCAACGGCGAUGCAGAACAUGAUUUUUGUGGAAAUUGUACGAGUAAGAGUGAUCCUAAAUUCAACAAUGGGUGUGCAAAGUUUGGUCGGUUGGAUCCGGUCAGCGGAAGAGCGGGAGCACAAGUUCAGAUUACGGUUAAGGGUGCUGGUUUUAAGUCGUAUACUCUGACCACUUGUGAAUUCAAUCAUACAACUACCAAUCAAAAGUACCCCGCGUCAUCCAGCAACCAUAUUUCCAAUAAAAAUACAUUAACCGUGACAGCACCUUCGAACUUGCCAUCAGGCAAUUACACCGUCCUGUGCAGCUUUGUUGGCAACGUUGAAAUUGAAUCAAAGGCAGCCGCUGCGUUUACGGUGUACAACAGUUCAGUGAUUUCUCUGUCAAGUGUAUCCCCGAACGAGGCUGAAAUUAGCGACUCUGGCGUAAAGGUUAACAUAUCAAUCGCUGGUACUAAUUUUGUCGACACUGGCUACGUGGCUUGUGUUAGAGAUGGAGGUGCAAAGCUUGCCACUGGAGUUUUCGUUAGUUCAACCGAAGUUUAUUGUCUAAUUACCACUUUUAGAAAGUCUGCUCUUUUCAACGUCACCUUGCAGUUUGGGAAGAAUGACCCUGCAGUUGAUUCCAGUGUCGAGUUCUCAUUUUUUGCCAUCCAGCCGAGUGCGGUAUCAUUGGCUUUUGAUAGUAAUCCCAUCAAACUGUUGCUGUCUUUAGACAAGAAAGCCAAGCAUAAAUCGGACAAUCCCCAAUGUUCUGACUUUUUCGAUCAAGGGACGAUAGCAUUAUUCGCUACCGACAGUAAGUGUAAGCUGGUGAGACCCAAAACACUGCAAAUUCUUUUGGUUGGCGGUGGAGCGACGAUAACACCAGGCCACUCAGUUAACUUCACCAAUGGCAGUCUAGCUGCGUUGGGAGAAGACAACACUAAGUUUGUCGUAGGGACAACUGAACUUUCUGUACAAUCACCUCAAAAUCCAGUCGUGCCACAAGUCGAAAUUCAAGGCCCAAAAUUUAUCGGACCAUGUGCUCCCCUAGAUAUUGAAACGGAUACGAAGGGCGAUGGCGGGCGACCCCUGACUUAUGAAUGGCACGUCAAAUCCAUAGUCGGUGCAGAUGCUAAUACAACAUCUGAUUUGACCUCUCUCAAUUCAACUCUUUCCGGCCUCGCAACUGACACAAGCUUCUUCUCAAUCACAAAAGACCUUAUUGUCAAGAACGUUGAGUAUGAAAUUGUUUGUAAAGGUACGAACUUCCUUGGAGAGAGCAUCGAAGACACUUUCUCGGUAACCCGUAAGAAUGAUGCCGUCCCAGAGGUCAAGCUAAGCACAUUGGGUGAAACGAUGAGUAAAUCAGAAAGAACGUUGAUCCGUGCCUCGGUUAGUUUGCCAGGGUGCAAUGGUUCCGACGCCAGCGGCUUCGAGUAUGCCUGGGAGUUGAAAGACUCAAGUGAUGAAGUAGUUGAUCCAGGUUCACACACAGAUUCCGACAAACCUUAUCUGAAGCUCCAUGGAAGUAACUUAGUUGGGGGCGAGAAUUACACCCUGACAGUAACUGUGUUUGAUAACGCCAACCUUGACAUAUCCGCUGAAGAGACCAUCCCCAUUGAAGUGACGUCGAGUGAUUUGAUUGCGCGAAUUUCUGGUGGUGUGUCGUUUGACGUGGGUUAUGGAGAUUUCUUAGUGCUGGAUGGUAGCGAAUCAGAAGACCCAGAUGAAACUGACGAUGAUCCUAAGUACCAAUGGGAAUGUACAGAUUCUGAAGGGACCUGCUUCUUUGAAGUGGCGUUUUCCACUGAGCGCUUCAAGCAGUUUGUUUUUACCUCAAGUGAUCAAUGGCUCUUUGUGAUAUUGAUGUAUACAUUUACGUUGACGUAUCGUAAAGGUGUCCGAAGUGCAGAAACAACAGUCUCGGUUCGAGUGCAGCAGUGCUCCCCUCCAAAUGUGAAAAUUCGAACCCAGAAGUCUAACAAGUUAAAUCCUAAAAAAAAAAUAGCAGUUCGAGGAAGAGUGAAGGCUAUUGGAUUCAAAGUUAAUUUGGACUAUUCCUUUGUGCUCGUAGAGGGGUACGGGUAUGAGAGCGACAUCUCAAACCUUGUGUUAGUGUCUCCCCCGUCGGAAGUCACGAGUGCCACAACUCGACUUAACCAAAGAUUCGGAGUGUAUUUCAAAAAGAACGCCUUAGAGUCUGGGAAGUACAGCUUCCGAGUCUCAGCCAACACGACUGCUUGCAGUUCGUAUUCAGAGACAGAGUUCACAGUAAAUGGACCACCAAUAGAAGGUAAUUUGGUAGUGACUCCCGUGAGUGGAACAGUCUUGGAUACUGAGUUCACUUUUAGAGCAGAUCAGUUCAAUGACGAUCCAGAGGACUAUCCGCUGAAGUACCAGUUUGGGUAUUACGAACUUAUUGACGGAGAAGAAACUGCUUCCAUCAUAAGUUUACCAAAUCAAAGGAAGUCGAGGAAAUUUUCCCUUCCACAAGGUGACGAGAACAAUAACAAUACCCUCCGAGUGUUUGUACGGGUUUUUGACAAAUUUGGAGCAAGUGUGACGACCGAGAAGACUAUUCAGGUUUCGCCUAAAGUGUUUUCACUCGCCGAUAUACGAAAUUUGCAGGGCUCUGCAGCAGAUCUGGAGGAAAGCCGGGACUUGGAGAAUCAAUUAGGCACAAUGAACACCGUACUGUCGGCAAUCUCAGGGACCAGCGCCAAUGCGAGUGAUGACGUGAUAGCAUCUCUGAACGCGAUUAAGCAGCAAUAUACUCAAAUGGCUGUUAAUGCGCUAGAAGUGGUUACGGGUGACAAAGAUGCGGAGUUGAAUGCCUUGUCCACCAUGGGGAAAACAACAGAAGGAGGUGCCUACGCUUUCGAUGAGUCCACCAAGAAGAAGUUCUUUUCUUUGUUCAAAAAGUUGCUUGGUGUUGUUACGUCGCCAUCUAAGAGGAGACGAAGAGCGGUCGAGAAUGAGAUCCUUGAUGUGGAUUCACUGACUGGUGACGAGGCUGAGACCACACUCAGACCAGCGGCAAACCUCAUCGCUCCAGAUGUCUUUACGUUGGAAGAAUCAACCCGGAAGAGCGACUUCUUAGGUCUCUUAGACUCAAUCGGACUGAAGAUGUGCGCUGGCCAAGGCACCGGGGCUCCGGCUGUGUUCGCCAGAACGACCAUGGUCACACUGCGCGCCGAAACGGUAAAUUUCGCCGGUAUAGACGAAGUUAGCAUAAACAUGGCUUGCUCAGACUGUCCUAGGUAUGUGAAGCAAACCGCCAAGAUGACCCUGGGAAAGACUCUGGAAGCGACAUACAAGUCUUGGAGCUGUUCGUCUUCAGACACGUGCAGUGGAGCUUGCAUUCUUUCCACUCAGUACCCUGAAGAUCUUUUGUACAAUCAAACUGAUUCUUCUCGGCUUACGGACAUCGUCGAUGUGAAGUUGUAUAACCCAACCACAUUUCGAGAGGUGACCGUCGGGUCUUUGGCUGAGCCGGUUGCUAUCUUGAUUCCGUUGCAAUCAGGAAAAACUUUUCCAAAUGAAAGCACAAAUUCUGCAGAGUGCAAGUUGUGGAGCUCAAGUGAAUCAAACUGGACUACAACUGGAUGUGUCUCAGGCACUUCCCCAGUGAUAUCUGGUAAUGUGACUUACGUUGAGUGCAACUGUACGACACUGGGAUACUUAAGCGCUUUUGUUGGCCCAAAGAAGGAAGAAGAAGUUACCACUCCCGCCCUAACCACUGCUGCUCCAACUACUGCUGCUUGUGAACAGGAACCAAAGAGUUCAGGUGUCAACGUCAAGUUUGUUUUUAACGUGUCUUAUAGCAGCGUGGUUGGAAACGACAGCCAGAAGGCGGCAGUCGAAGCAAGCAUUAUAAACACCAUCACUAGCUCAUCAAGCUUGGAUGAGUGCAGUAUACAGGAUUUCAGCUUGACGGCUGGUAGCAUAGUGGUGGAAUUUGUGGCGGUGCCCAAGAAAGGUCAGACCACUGCCAGCAUACAGCACGAAAUAACCAAGAUUGAGACAAAAGUCAAGGCAGGUACCUUUCAAAUCACACUGCCGAAUGGCCAAGUGAUUUAUGCUGACCAGAAUUCGUUCGAAACCUACCUAGUAACUCCCACUACAGUUGCUGCAACAACUGCUGGUACUGCUCCAACUGAAAGUGGAUCCAAUAACACGACUAUAAUCAUCGUAGCCUGCGUGUGUGGUGGACUGGCGUUAAUUGUGAUCAUCGCCGUCACUGUUUACUGCUGUAGGAAGAAACGAGGAUCUGGGAAAAUUUCACCUUCCACCUCACCAGACCCUCAGCGUAAUAGGCGUGAAGACGUGGAAAUGAACGAGCGGGGUCAAUUUAUUCGGGACAAAGACCAUCCAGGUGCGAAUAACAACAGAGGAACGGAUUUCUAGAUCCUUUUUAUCCCGUUGAAUGCGGUUGGCGGAUACAGGAGCGAAGUCGAUGCAUGAAAUUGAAACUUUGAUAGUUGUUCCUUAUCAAGAACUUUGGGACCGACAAGGGGAGGUUGAAAAAAAUUAGACAACGCAGUAUCACUUGAAGUCUAUAAACUCGAUUCUCACCAAACCUCAACCAUUUAGCCGGAAAAAAAAAAGAAAAAUGAAAAGAAAAUUUGGGGUUGAUGUCCAAUGCCGACCAGAAACUGUUUUUUUCUGUUGUGAAUGGGAUUCUAAUAACUAAAGUUUUCGAUAAGCAAUUAAGAAUAAAAACCAGCGAUAUUAAAGAAUGGCGUUUCGACGGCUCCAUGCUAUCAUACUCAAAUUCAAAUAAAUACAUUUUGUGUGUUCAUUAGAUAGAAAAAGUACGUGUGAAGGUCUCAAUGCAUAUGAUUAAGAAAUAAAAAGGAUGAAUAAAAGAUGAAAAUAGGUGAAUAAAAUACAAGCGUUGAGACUCGA